GUCAAUUACAAAAUGGCGGCUGACUAGCUCUUCUUCACGUCGAAGCUGUUAGUCGUCUUUGCUAGAGAUUUCUCUUUUCAAAACCGAAGAGAGGCACAUCGGUAAAAGCAGCUAUAUGGCUCGGUCAAAAAGGUAGCUAUAACAGCAAUCUAAAAUAAUUUAAGGGAACGAUUUCAAAGAAAUGGACUUGUUAAAAGUUACUGACGGAUUCAACAGCGAGCACGUGACAAAUGUUGACGAAAAUGUGCUGGUGCCAUCCUGCAAGUUUUUGUUAAUCAAAUACAGGAUAUAGAGUAUUUUUUUUAUAACCUUCCCCAUUUACCUUACUUAGCGAGGCUCUGCUUUCAACAUUUCUGUGAAAAGGAAAUAGAGCCUCACCACUUAUGUAGUGAUUAGUUGUCUGUUACGAAUGGUACUUUUCAAACGUUUUUGUUACGUUUUUAAAAUGAAAGAGUCCUAAAAUGCACAUUCCCACAGAGAAUUUUUGGCAUUUUGUAUCUUCCUUAUAAACAGACAUACUUCCACCAUUUGAUUUCAUCAUUACCCAUCAUGCGUAAUAUUAUCUUUAGUAACUACAGAUGUUGGUUGGGUAAGUGGAUUGCCCUGUAUCCUCACUUGUGAUCAGGGGUUUCUGACAUGUUAAGUUUAACCUUUUCCCUGACACUUCUUAACAACUACUCCUGUUCUCCCCUUGCUCCUCUCCACACAAUAUUCUCUUCAACUCCUCUCUAUCGCUGACUCAGUUUCAGGUUGCCCUGAAUUUUAUCUUGGGUAUAUAUGAGAUAAUUUAAAAAGAAAAGUUACCUUUCAGGCCAUAAGUGACUUUGUGACAGCAAUAGUCCAUGCAAGGAGGUUAUAAUAACUAAAGAUGAUACGAACAAUAUUUAUCAGUCCCUCUGGGGCCUCGUUUUAUUAAGUACUUAAAGUACAUGUUAUUCAUUAAUCAUUUUUUGCCUUUCUUAAAGGAAAAGUAAGCCAACAAGGCCAAAGGUCAACCAAAGAGAAGAGGUUUAUGAUGAACCAGACCCUGUAAGUAAAAACAGCAACAACAGCACAAACAAUUCUUGAUUUAGAUAUUUACAAAAUAGUUGUAUCCCUGCACUAGCUAGUGAAUGCCAAGCUCUAUAAUUGAACACCACUUAUGUGACUAUGGCUGAAGAAGUUGUUUUUCAUUUCUAUUUACAGCUUCGCACAGCUAAUAAGGCAGACUUUUAAAUUCCGAAUUAACUGAUAGUGAACUAAAUCCCAUCACACAUGUAAAGUUUUAGAUUUUUCCUUGAUUACUGAGAUUAUUGGAUAAUUUUUAAGGUUACCAGAACACUAUUCUCAGACUUGGUUCAUGAUCAACCUUUGUAAAAUCUCUAGCCUUACAUUUACAAGUCUUAGUUCAGUUUAAACUAGUUAGUAUUCAAGAGAUAUGAUUAUUGCUCUUUAAAACUGUUGAAUAUUCAUAAUAUUGUCUGAUCUUUAACAGAACAAAGAAGAUUUUUUCUAUGAUGAUGUUGAUAAAUUUCAUGCCGAAAGAGAAAAGGUGAGAUGGCCUCUGUAAGAGCAGUGAGCAGUUAAUCUGUAUAUGGUGAUAAAAUUCUUGAUAAAUAUAUAUAUUAUAUACCAGUAAUGGUGUUAAUAUUGUACAUGAAGUAUGGCAUUAGCUUAAGCAUGAAUUAUUGUUACUGGGAAUAAAAGAUUGUCCUUCUUUGGUCAAAUAAAGGGCUUCAUCUCUAAGCCAGAGGCUAGUGAUUGUUUUUAGUUGUGUAGAGGACUUUUCAAUCAAUUGCAGUGAAAUUAAUGGCUUAAAGUGCUAAAUGUAUUCCUGAUUUAACAAAUUAUACAGGCCGCCGUUAUUCAAACGUUGGAUAGUCCUAUCCAUUGGAUAAAUCACUAUCCAAUGUAUAAGUAUUAGGGAAACCAAAUGUGUUAUCCAGUGGAUAGUGUUAUCCACCUUUUGAAUAAGUGGGCCCUGAUGUGACAAUUUUUUUCUUGUUGUUUUCAGAUUCUGCUUGACAGCACCGCAUAUGAUGAAGAUGGGAAUGACCAGUCUAGUGAUGACAAUGGACAGGUACGAUACAAAAAUUCUCGCUAAGGUAUCAGUAACAACAAAUAUGACAUCAACAUAUGUUUUUCUGCUGAGUGUACUUGAACAGUUUGUUUCUGCCUUUUGUAGGUUGAGGAUGUAAUGGCACUUAAUAUUGAUGAAUCUGAUGAUGACGACAGUGAGGUUAAUGCUGAGGAUGAUGUCGAUGAAGAUGACUUUGAGGAGGAAAAUGAAGAUUUGGAUGAGGUCUAGCUACAUGUAUUUCAGUUCAAACUGAUCUGUUUUAUAGAUUGUGCAUUUGUUUUCAGAUACGUGCUGUGGUUGGUGAUUAGAAAUAAUUCUUUGUGUACUGACUAUGUACCGUGUACAUCUAAUUUUACAGGAAGAUGAAGGAAGCGAAAAUGAAAAGGACAGUGAAAAAGGUACAUGCAAAAAUAAUACUUUUUUGUAGUAUUAUUGUCGUUAUUUUUUUGCCCUUCAAACUUUGUCAUUUAAGUCUUUUUCAACUUUGUUACAGAUAUUCCAAGUCAGAAAUCCUGGGGAAGAAAAAAGGCUUCUUUCUAUGAUGCUGAUAUGGUUGAGGAAUAUGCAGGUGACCAACUUUAGCUGCAUGCUCCUUAUAUUUGAGCAGCAGAAAUAAAAUAGACCCCAUCUUCUUUUUCUCCCUCCUUCUUCUUCCCAUUGUGCCUGUAUUUCCAGCUAGCAUUAAUUUGUUAUGACUUAAUACAGUGACAGUCCAACAUUGUGAACUUAUAUAUAAUGUACAUGUAACCCUGGUAUAAUGAAUGACAUCCUUUGCUCUAGUUGUAGUAAAAUGUAUGGACCAGGAAUUCAAUAUACCUGUACAUUUGAAGACUAUUAUUUUUUCUCUUCCUUGGCACUUUGUCUUAUCAGGGUUCCACUGCUACUGUUGUUUUUUUUGUUGCCAGGUUCUGAUGAAGAGAUGGAUAAGUUGGCUGAAGAGGAAGAAGAAGAAGCUUUGGCCUUACAGAAACACAUGGCUGCCUGCUUAGAAGAACAAGACUUUGAUACAGCUGAAUUUGAGGUGAGAUUAUCUUGGUUAUACACAUGUACAAGUCACAGACGCUAACCCAGUUUCUGUAGCAUAAAGCAAUUAUGGGUCAGAAAUACCAGUACAAUAGCUCCUUCUUUCCUUUCAGCAUUUAACAGACUUUUAAUAAAAAUUAAUAAUUAAUUGAAGUGUCUAUCAAAAUGCACACACAGGUAUUCUGACUUUUCACAUGUUGUGGCUAACUUAAUAUUCCUUUGUUGAUAAACAGUAGUAAAAUAAUCCUCUCUAACCUCUAUCAAAUGGUUGUCAUCUUCUCUUUUUUUUUUGCCAGAAGGCACUGGAGGCCUUCACCAACCUCCAACCAAAAUGGUACAGACACAGGUUACCUGAAGGUCUGACAUUUUCUACUUUAGGGCUAUUAGCUAUGAUUUAAGUCGAACUAAUAAUAACUACAUGUACUAUGUUAAUGAGUUUCAUAUUUGACAUAGUUUAUGAAUUUCUUUUCCAUCAUUUUGUAGCUUCCAAAACCAGAUCACAAAAAAGAAGCACAAGAUCAAAUAAAUAAGGUAAGAAUUGAAUAAACUAGAUAUAUAAUAAAAUAAUGUAAAUGAACUUGCCAUAUUAUUAUAAACUCUGUUUCUUUUUUAGGAAAAGAUAGUGCAAGACCUUUCAAAGUUAUCUAAAGCAGAAAAAAUUCAGGUAAUUGAUGUGAAAUUUUUCAAUAUUUCUCUACAUUAUUUUGAACAACUUUACUCAAACUGACUUUUAUGAACUAAACAGAGGACAUUGCGUGGCUCCCUGAGAUCCAAAAAUGUCCGAUUUAACAUGUAAUCAUAGCAACGGUGAUCUUUUCAAGUGUGAGGAUUGUAACAUGUUAUUUGUGGAAAUAUCAUGUUUUCACGUGAAAGCUCACCUGGUGCUUCAUUGGUGGUUAUAUAACAAAGGCUUUUUCAUUCUGCUCUUUGUGUUUUGCCCUCAUUUAUUCUCCCCAGACUUUUGUACAGCUUAAUCUGACUAAUGCGAAUUCCAAUUUCCUUUUUUUCUCUUUUUUUCUCACACUCACACACAAACAUUAGCAGUUAACAGAAGUGAUUUGAUAGUGAAAUAAACCACCGGACAAGCUGAAACAACCUAACGUUAAUUGAAAAUCAGCAGUAGAAAUACCAUUUAAAGGCCAAUCACUCUUUUUCUUAUCUGAGGCACAAUGCCAUCUAUUUCCAAUUUCUUUUAACAGAUCCUGGUGAAAGACUCCCCGGAACUCUUUCAACUCAUAGAUGAAUUCAAGUCAAAGGUGAAUGUCAUUUGUUAGAUUUAAAAAGGGUAUUCAUAAACUCAUUAAUAAUUCAUAAAGAAAAAGCUAAAGAAAUUAAUGGUUAAUGAGUGUCUUUCACUUGAUAAAGACUCAGCUAAACUUCAUGUCCAAUUUUUUGGACCAAAAUAACCCCAAAUCUAAAUGUCAAUGCAAGAAUGAGUUAAUCUGUAUCAGAGAUUUUGUAGUGGUUCAACAAACUCGCAAUCGUGUAUCAAGCCCAGCUCGAGUUUUUAAACCUGAUAAUACACUCCUGCUAGUUUUUCUAGGCUGAAAUUCAUCUGAUUGCUUCGAGUCGUUUUCUCCUCUCAACAACUGAGGGAGUACUAACGACUCAAAGUAACCAGAUGAAAUUCAGGCUAUCGUUUUUUAAACAGUACAUAAAAGUGAAAACAUGUUAAUAAUAAUUGUUUUAUAUAUGUUUAAGUACUUUUGUGCACAAAAUGUGAUGUAAUUGUGUGUUGGACUAACAGACUUCAAUUUGGACUCUUUUUAUAUUAGCUAAAGGAAGUGAUAGAAAGGGUUCAUCCUCUUGUAAAGAUGGCAAGAGCUGGGCAGAUCCCUAAAGAGGUACAUUGUGUAAUUAUAUGUACUCGCUAAAGAGGAGUUGUUUGACGUUUUGUUCACCCACCACUGCAACUUGUCCGCUGUAUAUUUUUGUGGAAACCUUUGUGUACUUUUGUUGUUUCCAGAGGUUUUCUUAGGUUUUAUUUCUCCUCUAAGAACUUAAAGUUUGUUUAAGGACGCACAAAAGCUUCAACCUUUGUUAUCAAAUGAAGUGCAGGAGUUAAUCUGUUCCCGUCCAAUCCCGGUUUUAUUGUCGCCUCUCAUAACUUAACUUCCAGCAUGAGCUAGUAAAGUCAUUUAAGGCUGAUUUGCUUGAAUGUUUAACAGCUGUUCUUGUUGGUUACAGGGAGCAAACUACCUUGAACUGAAACAUCAACUCUACCUCAAGUAAGAGUGUUAAAUAAUACGUAAAUUAUAAUCCCCCCCCAAAAUAAUUCUGCUGGGAUGUUAUUAGUUAACAUAAAUCGCAUUGUACCUUACUGGACACUUCGUGACGCUGAUUCUAAUGCUGCAAUAAUAGACCACUUCCGAGUUCCAAAAACCCUCACUUUCAAAAUGAGGCCAAGUGCGCAACCUUUCUUGUGAAAAUAAGGUUUAUUUGCGUGAGAAUGAAAAACCAUUUCGUAUCAAAGGCUGAGCACUUAACCACGUUUUGAUACAGUGUCCCGGGAAACUCGGAAAUGUCCUAUUGACAUUGAUCAAUGAUUUCAUGUAGAUUUAAAAGUCUGCUAGUGUUACGAUAGCGUAAUAACAAAACAAAAUAAUAAAAAUAAGCAGACCUAUUGGACGUGAUCUUUUUUUCUCUUAGUUACUGUAUCAACAUUGGGUUUUACCUGCUCCUCAAAGCCAAGAAAUUAUCCGCAAGAGAUCACCCUGUGAUGGAAAGACUCGUACAGUAUCAGAAGGUUUGUUUCGUUGUCACUGCCUGAAACGGUUUGAAGGAAACCGGUCGUUUCGUUACGAACUUGAGCUAGCCUGUUCACCGUCGCCUACUUUCUCUUUAGAGACCGUCAGUAUUGAAUUAAAAUUCGAGGGGCGGGAGAAUUUAUUGACCGCAAGCGCAAGAGGUUUGUUGGCGCUGUCGAAUUGUCGAAAAGAAAAGAAACACGUCUGUGGACAGGCUAAACUUGAGCAGUGAAACUGCGGAAAAAUUUCCAUCACUUAAAGUAAGCGCCUGAACAAGAAAAACAUUGACAUGAAUAGGCCAACUACGGGGAAACUAUUUACAAACCGACUGAAUCAACUUGUAUUGAAGCGACUUUGUAUCGAAACGACCGGUAAGCGUUUUGAAAGGCAAAGACGUAAUAGUUAAAGCGUUAUUUUAUUGUUCGUUCGUUCUAUAGUUCAUUCAUUUCUCCAUUUGUUAUUAUGAUUGUUUUUGUAACUACUACUACUACUACUGCCUACCAUUGUUGUUGUUUUUUUUCUCUUGUAGCUGAUCAAAGAACUCGAACCUCUGGAUGAAAAAUUAAAACCAGAGAUCGAAGAACUUCUUUCACAAAGCCGGGUCUUCAAUAAAAAUGGUACGGUUUAUAUCUUUGGACCGAAUUUUCUACGACGUCUUAGUUUCCCAUAAAAUCGCUAUUAGGACAGAAAAACUAAAACUUACGAAUCGAAACCCUAUCAACUUAUUAACUUAGUUACGAUAUAGCCGUACACCCAAGUUGUCCAAAAUGAGUUUGCUUACAUUGUACAAGUGUAAGUAAACAGAGACAACGACAUCGAGUGUCCUGGAUUCAAUCUGAAAAGAAAACCUUUUUUGUUUGUUUUGUGGAAUUGGUUCUUUAUCCCUACUGUUACUUAAACUUUCUAACCCUAACCCUAGUCCCUGCACUGCGUCUUCCCAGGCCUUCGUGGUCAAUACAUUUCGGUGACGUAUCCGAAGCGAACCGCAAAAACUCGCCCGGACCAUGUGACCCGAAACCGAAACGCAUUGGCCGCGCGGAAAAAUGAGGCCUAGGGACUAGGCAAACUUAAACUCAUGCUUUGUACAGGCUUAAAGUAUGAAGAGAGUAACAAGUCCCGGCUUAAAACCGUGAUUUGUCAGAUGUAUUCCUUAAAUCUCGCUCUACUUAUUUAGUACCAUUUAAAAACCAUAGGGGGAAUAGAACUCAGUUAAAACAUUUUUUUUACCAGCUUUAUGCAUUUGUUUUUCUUUUCUUUUUUAUCGCAUCUUUACAGCAGUGCAAGAGAAGUCGAAGACAGGUAGUGUCCAAAGCAAGGUAUGUAACAUUGAACGCUGAUCAAAUUCUCUGUAUAAAGGAUACAGUGCAUGAUAAAUCCACAAAACUACGGAUGACACGCAAUUCUCUAGUCUUCUGAUCAGGCAACUUCUAGCUUUUUGUAUAAUACCUUGGUGAAGUGGUCAUUGAACUCUGAAUUUCGUUCAGGGAUAACUGUUACGGAAAUUGAUGAUAUCUUGAAAAAGUCGACCCAACCCUUGAAUUUCUUGCGGCUUAUAAGGCUACAAUCACUUGGUUUCAUGUUGUUGUCGAUCUAGUUGCAUCCUAGCUAAAUGCUGUCAUCGAAACAAUUUCCACACAACUAAUCAGAAGAAAUGAUGAACCGAGCGUGUUUGAAUUUAAAAUUUAGUACCUGAAAGUGAAUCUGCUUGUGUAAAACAUUAAGACUGUUAGUAUGAUCGCUUAGUGUAUUUUGUAUGACAGUGAAAACACCGAUCGUUCGUAAUACACUGUGUCAGUGGUAUAAAAACACUUUGCGGUUUUUUCUCUUCGUUAGAUAACUACCAAGAACGCUUCAAAAAAUCCUGUUAAAUUGUCGGCUCUUCUUGACGAAGAUGAGGACGAAGACAGCUCUACGAGGGCCAAAACUGAAGAAAAGGUCAGAAAUGAAGGAAUGGUCACGCUUGUUUCGCCUUCCCUGUUGUCUCUUCUCUGUUUUCUUUUUCUUUCUGUUUGUGCUUUAAUUUGCAUUGUUUUUCAGCGAGAAAAUUGACUUUUCCUUUCCUGUAUUGUAGCAUCACUUUGUGCUAUUUUCUAACAUUCUAAAAGCUGGCGCAUUUUUUUCAAAGUGCGGCCGUCAAUCCUCCUAAAAACAUUUCGAUUCCCAGGAGUGCAAAAUAAAAGAAGUUGAAAUUAGAGUAAAUCGCCAAUAUCAUUGCGUCAAAGACUGAAAACCAAAUGACUGGAGGUGUGAUAAUGCGGAAGACAUUUGAAUGAAUAGCUACACUGAAAUUCUAACGAAAUUUAUGAGCAGUUAUGAGCGAAGAGAUGAAGCUCUUUUUUGGGGGGGAGGGGGGUGAGGAUAUAUGAAAUAGUCCGUCCGUGGGAGGGGGGGAGGAUGGAGGUGGGUCAUAAUUCCUAGUAGAGGGUGGGUGGUAUUAUCAGAGGUAGAGAAUGGAUGUGUUACUGUACUGUUUUGAAUGUCGUAUGAUGUCACAGAAAUAUAUUUGAUCAAUCAAUAUGAUGUACGAAAUUUUUGAUCACUUACAAGGAGGAAACGUUAUCUCAAAGAAAGAAAGAAAAGAGAAGGAAAAGGAAAACAGAAGUUGAGACAGAAGUCAUGGAUCCGUUGGAAUACUAUGAAGCUGUUAAGCUGCAAAAGAAAAGGAAAAAGGAGGCAAAAGAAGCAGCUUUUAGGUAAGUUUAGGCUGUGUUCACACAGCUAUUGCGCCGGCACAAAAACCAUCCCGGAUACUAAGGCUUCUGUUCACACAUUAGAACGGUUAAUUUAGCGCGAUUUCUGUGACGUAGUCUAAAGUGGAGAGUCACCUAUCGGAUAGGUGUUCAUACUGUUCCGGAUAGCUAUCUUUUGUGCCGGCACGAAAACUAUAGCGGAUAGGAAUUCUGUUCUCACAUAAGAACUGUUCAGUAACCUGGCGCGAUUUCUCUGACGUAGUCUAAAGUGGAGAGUAACAUAUCGGAUUGAGGUGUUCAUACUGUUCCGGAUAGCUAUUGCGCCGGGACGAAAACCAUAGCGGAUAGGAAUUCUGUUCUCACACUCUGUUAGAACUAUUCAGUAAUCUGGCGCAAUUCUGUGACGAAGUCUAAAGUGGAGAGUCACAUAUCGGAUAGAUGUUGAUAUUACUGCCGGAUAGCUAUUGCGCGGGCACGAAAAACCAUAGUGGAUAGGAAUCCUGUUCAGACGUUAGAAGGUUAAUAAGGCGCGACUUCUGUGACGAAGUCUAAAGUGGAGCGUCACAUAUCGGAUAAGUGUUCAUACUAUUCCGGAUAGCUAUUGCGCGAGCGCGAAAACCAUAGCGGAUAGGAAUUCAGCUUCCCCCCCCCCCGGUUGAAGAGUGCCGGUUAGCUUCCUUGAUAAUCCCUCCGGUAUGUAGUGAAUAUACUGAACUGCGCCUUGUUCGUUCCCUGUAUAUUUCCAUGUGACUAUUUGAUAUAGCUCAGUGAAAGCUAAUUUUACUUUGAUUGCAGAUUUUCAGAACAACAGGAGAUUGAAGAAGGAGACGUUGAAGAAGGAAAAAGGGGAAUUACAUAUGAGGUAAGAUUGUUUAUUUUUCCGUACAUUUUUGGUUUGUGAUGGUUUGGUAUCUUUACCAAAGUGACAAGAAAAAUUGAGAAAAUUGUCUAUAAACUGGUAAAUGUGUUAAUUUUUCAACAAAUCCUACCCUUCUUCAUUCAUUGUCGGAGACCUGCCCAGGGGCCGCAGCUAAUUGAGACAGUAUAUUCCCGGGCAAAAAUCAUCACUGGCAUGGAUCACAAGAAGAACGGGAAAUCCCCUAGGCGCUUAAUCUUUCUGAACCACUUUCUUCUGGAAUCUGAUUGGUCUGAACAUAUUUUCUAGCCAAUAAAUACUGGUCGGUAGUUUAAAUGUUGCUGUAAUUGGUUCGAUGCACGAGAGUGAAUAGCCUUGAGCUCUCCUCUUCUUUUGUAUACUUUGUUUUUGUUUUGUUAUUGUUUGUUGUUUUUUUGAAAACCCUUGAAGUCCCAGGAGUGACAUAUAAGCAAGAGAAAAGUGAUCACCAAAAAUGAUCACCAAACAGACAAUAACUGACCUUUAAACGAAUUCUAUGAACUAAUUCUUUUAGAAAAUGUAUGCAACUCAGUUAGGAGGAUAUUGUAGGUGGAUGUUGAGGUUUAAAAAAGUAAAUAUCUCGCCCCCGCUGGGCCCGGCUCUGAGGAUGGUUAGUCCGUAAAACAAGUUGUUUUGAGACCUACGUGCAGAAUAUGCCGGUCACUGUGUGGUCUUCGAAUGUUUAAUCACUGGAUCGCCACAUUUAUUCGUAUUCCACAGAUCUCGCAGAACAAAGGCCUUACGGCCAAGAAGAAAAAGGAACUGCGCAAUCCUCGUGUUAAACAUAGAAAGAAGUUCUAUAAGGCUAAAAUAAAACGGAAGAGUCAGGUAUGCUGUGGCAAUUUUUUAGAUCGAUUGUCUUUACAUUUAAUCUUUUUCGUAACUAAUGUACAUUCGACGAGGGAGCAGUUAUCGGCUGUUAAAAAUAGAGAGGUGUUCACAUUAGAAGGAAUUUAGUAACAAACAGAAACGUAAAAGAGGACAUUCUUUUGAGAAAAAAAUCAAUACGUUCAGUUUCAGAGCACAUACACAUAACUUGAAGCCAGUUUUUGUAUGAGUGUGAUAUAGCUUCUCCAAGGGCCCAUAUUGCAUGGGAGACCAAAAAAACUCAAAAUAUUUUAUGGUAAUUGGCAUUACGUAUCCAAACGACCGUCUCUGCUUUCCUUUCACUUUUCAAUCAUGUCACAUUAGGGCUUUUAAUCUUGUGAAUAUCGUUUACUGACUGGUUUUUAUUUAACUUGUUUUUCUGGUUUCUUCCACAGGUUCGAGAAGUGGUAAAUGAACAAAAUCGUUAUGGCGGCGAGGCUACUGGAAUAAGGUCACACUUGACUAGGAGUACUAAAAUUAAAUGAGCGGACAAUGUUUUGGAACUGCAGCUUUCAACAUAAGUUCCUGCUCUUGAACUGCGGACAAAUAGACAGCUUUGUGUCAGUGAACGCACCAAUCAAAGUGCAUUUAUAAAGACUUCAAACAGAAUAAUUAUUCUGGAAAAUGCUUGUCUACUUAUUUAGAUUAUUUUCAAUAAACUGAUUCAAAAAAGAGCAG